AUGCGCCCCAGUGUCCCGGAGAGCAAAGUCUCACAGGAAGCAGGUUGCGACUGGUCCUCUCAGCUGGGGCUGCAAGUGUACAAGGAGUUGCUGGCCUUUGAGGAUGUGGCUAUGUACUUCACCAGAGAAGAGUGGAACAAACUUGACCAGGUUCAAAAGGACCUCUACAGAGAUGUGAUGUUGGAGAAUUACAGAACAUGAUUUUGCUGGUUCUGAAGCCAGAUGCCAGAUGAUAAAGCUAACCCCAAAGCAGAAAAUUUCUGAGGAUUUGGAGUCAUGUAAGAUAUCAGUGGUAAAGCAUAACAUGGCCAUGAC